UAUACAGCUAAAAUUCUUUCAUUUAAAAACCACUAAUAGUUGUCAUAUGUCAUACAUUUGAUUUAAUGUCCAGUCAAAAAGAGGAAGAAAGGAGAUUUGUGAAGUAACAAAUUGUCAAAGCAAUGUCUGUUGUGUUGUACUUCAUUUGAAGCAAAUAAUAUGACUCCUAAAAUUUCUUUAGACAUGAGUCAAAGCAGCGAAGGAUGUGUGAAAAAGAUUAGCAAUGUGAAUCUUGACAAGCUUAUAAAUGAUUUCUCACAGAUAGAAAAGAAAAUGAUAGAAACCAGUGGAAAGAAUAAUAUACUGGAUAUACAAUUGGAAAAAACUAACUCUUUGUUAAAAGUAAUGCAAACAAAGGAGGUCUCAAUGAAAAAAGAAUGUUCUACUCUUCAUAAUAUGGUAAAAGGGCUACAACAGACCAUUGAAUGUCAACAUAAUUUGAAGGGUGAAAAUGAACAACUAAAAAGAAAUGCUGAUCUUAUGAAAGAAAAGCUAAAGUCUCAUGAACAGGAAUAUCAGAAUAAUAUUACCAAACUUAUGAGUGAAAUGAAAAUCAAAGAGGAGGGACAUAAAAUAGAAAUAAGGAAACUUUAUCAGGAUAUGCAGGAAAAAAUUGAGUCAAAUGAAGAAAAGCAUAAAGAACUGAUAGAGAAGAAAGAGGUGGAAAUUUCAGAGUUAAAUGCAAAGUUAAGAACUCAAGAAAAGGAAAAACAAAGUGAAAUGAUCAAAUUACAGCUAGAGUUUGAUGCCAAACUAGCAAGAGUUCAAACUAAAUCAAAAUCCUAUCCAGAUUCUACUGCUUUGCCACAGAGUAUCUACAGAAGGAAGCUUCAACACCUUCAAGAAGAAAAAAACAAGGAGAUUGCAGCUCUUCGUUGCACCAUUCACGAUUUAGAGCAUCGUCUCUCUGUUGGCCAAGAUUCUCAACUUAAACCUCUUGACAAAGGUUCAUGCCCUAAACGUAGACGGUUUUGAGUAUGACAGUAAAUUCAUUAGUUGCUACUUAGUCUCUUUAAAAGCAGUUGAAAACCCCACUUCCGUUUUCAAUAGAACAUGCUACCUAAAUAACAACAAUGAAAAAAGAUCACUUUAACCAU